GAGACGGCGAUAAGUACUAGUAGACGGGGUUGUGGAGGAGAAGGAGGAGGAGGAGGACGGAGUGAUGACAGUGAUGAGGAGACGGGGUUGACGGGGACAAAUGACUACACGUGGAGCAUCAGGGAAGGGCGUCGGAGUGCGCCUGUGGCAUGGGCGGGAGAAUUGUGGAAACAGAAAACGAAAUGGACGCGGAUUUCACAAUAUUGGAAGAGCCAUGUGGGUGCCACGGAGGGUGAGCUUGAUUUCGAGCAUCCCCUCAACUCGAGAUUGCCUGGCGGUGUGGCACGACAGCCCCCCCUUGUCCCUGCGCGUGAUUUGGCACAGGGACGAGGGCGGGCAGACCGAGACGGUCCGACAUCAGUGGUACGGCAGGACGGAGCGCGCCCCUUCGGAGGAGCGGGCGCCUCUGGAGCAGUGGGCCCUUCUAGUGGAGGGGGAGAGGGAGCAGGAGAGGGCCCGUCAGGGGUAGAGGGAGCAGGAGAGGGCUCACGUGGGGGAGGGGACGAGUGGGACGAGAUAGAGCGUGCAGAGCACGCAAGGGCGAGACGGUUUGAUCCGGUGGGGAAGAGGGCGCAUGGUGUUUCACAUUUGCAGCCAGGGAGGAGACGGUGUGUGCCUGAGGGGGCUGUUGGCGGUCCGCGGGACGAGCAGCAGUGGUGGAGAGAGAGGAUGCUCCAGCGAGCAAGAGAUGAGGGCAUACCUGUCCCUGCCGACCUCGAGGAAGGGUUGGCGGCAGACCCUGUGGAGCGGAGACAGGAUCGGCACCGAGUGCCCAGAGUGACCCAGACUCGACAGAGUGUUUCCAUGGACUUCAUGGACACACUGGUGACCAGUAAGAGUGGCAAGAGGCACAUCUUCGUCAUCAUCGAUCGAUUCACCAAGUACGCUAGACUAGUUGCAAUGCCAGAGACCGCAAGGACUGACCAUGUUAUCAAGUUGUGGGUGCGUGACUUUGGUUUACCAAAGACCAUCGUUAGUGACAGAGAUGUCCGCUUCACAAGUGAGCUAUGGAAGAAGACUGCUGAACAGAUGGGCAGUCAACUUCAGAUGACUUCAGGAAAUCAUCCCGAAGCAAAUGGACAAGCCGAACAGAUGAACAAAGUUGUACAACACUUGCUGAGGCAUUACAUCAAGCCCAACCAGGAUGACUGGGAUGAGAAGUUGCCUCUCAUCGCCAGCCUGUCCAACAACGCUGUACACAGCAGUACCGGCGUUAGUCCUAAUCAGCUGCACUUGGGAUGGAAGCCUAGAUCAGCUCUAGACUUCCUCCUACCUGAAAACCGACCCGCUGCAACUCCAGGCACACUUGAGUAUGGUGUGCAGUAUGAGAAGUUAUUGCAGCAAGUUGUCGAGCAUAUCAAGAAAGCUCAGCAAGCAAUGAUUGCUUCUAAGAAUCAACAUCGUAGACAGUCCUCAUUUCAGGUAGGGGAAUGUGUCUGGGUCAAGGCUAGUGAGCCAGGACAAGAAUUCGGAAUCUCUCGCAAACUAAUGCCUCGGUAUUUUGGUCCCUGGGAAGUCCUGGAUAUAGUGGGGGAUGAGAUGGAUGGUCCCACUUAUGUGAUCCGCAUCCCUGGACACCUACGCACUCACCCUGUCUUUCAUGCCUCAAAGCUUGCACCUUUCGCUGAGACGGAUCAGUUCCCUUCAAGGAGAUCGAUGCUGCCCCCAACCAUGGAUGGUCAAGUGGACAUCGACUACAUUGUGGAUCACAAAGAUCUGCCUGUUCAGAAGCCAUUGGGUAGAGGAAGACCUCCAAAACCCAAGCGGGAAUAUCGCGUCAGAUUCAGGCAUCAUACAGAUCCAAAGGAAGACCGAUGGUUCGCCAGAGAGGAACUGAUUGACACAGCUCCUCAAGUGGUAGCAGAAUAUGAGAAGAAGCUGAAAGGGAAGGCACCUGCGAAGUUAGCAUCUCAGCGGACUUUCGAAGCGAAGGGGGAUGGAAUGUGAGGAUUGAGGCCUCAAGGAGGGGCCUUGCCAUGAUGUACAUGUUCUGGGCUAAGGCCCCAGCAAGCCUUGUGCCCGCCUAAGUGAAGGCGGGCCAGCAAAUCAACAAGAGCCCUAUGU